ACAAGAAGAACUUAUAAUUAUUAUGUCAGUCAGGUGCGAAACGGUUAUUGAGAAACACAUAUAUACCUCAAAUAUUAUUCAUACAUAAAGUAUAUAAAAAAAUAAUAUAUUCAAGUUUGUAAACAUGUGUGGAACGGUGGCAUUAUGCUUGUUAGUGUUAUCCAUUCAUGUUACUAACGGACAUUGGCAGGCUAGAAGUGUGAGACAGGCUCCCAUACAAUUUGAAGAUGGGUCGCCUAACAUUCCCACAGUAUACCCAUCUCGUCAAGGAGCUCCUACUGAUCCAUGUGCACCGUAUCAUCCACCUGUUCCUGACUUCAGCGCUCCUGGUAGACGGAUCAGUGAAGUCAAAUGUUACGAGUAUAUUUGGCAGUUGAAACUUCGAGAUGAAUUAGACAAAAGAUUUGAGAAGUGUAGUGAGAUAAGGCCUGUCCCUGGAAUAAUUGGAGGUCACAGAGCUAAACGCGGUGAAUUUCCUAACAUGGUUGCCAUAGGUUGGAAGCUGGCUAUAGGAACAUGGAAGUUCAUGUGCGGCGGUAGUCUGAUCAGCCCAAACUUCGUGCUGACGGCCGCCCAUUGCUCAAGUGCAUCAGAACGGGACACAACGCUGGAAGAUACAAUUCCUAGGAUCGUUCGAUUGGGCAGUACUAAUAUUCUUGAUAAGGAUCGCAACGGUAUUCCAGCUUACGACGUGAACAUAACCAGGGUGAUAGUCCAUCCGCAGUACAAGUCUCCCAUGCAGUACUUCGACAUAGCGUUGAUGGAGCUGCAGGUGCCAGUAUAUUUCUCGGCAGACAUACAGCCAGCUUGCUUAUGGACUAAACACGAAGUUGGAAAUUACAGUCAUAAGGCACAAGUCGCUGGUUGGGGCGUUAUACAGUCUGGUACACUGAGGACAUCGCCAGAUCUGCUGUCAGCAGAAGUAGAUAUCAUAGACUCCAUUAUAUGCAACUUGCUGCUGGGAACAUCUUGUAACAGGAACUGGUGUGGAUUGAAGGAACAUCAGAUGUGUGCUGGCAAACUGCACGGAGGAGUUGACGCUUGUCAGGGUGACUCCGGAGGACCUCUUCAAAUGAAGAUUGACCUUCCCAUAAAGACUCAAGGCAACAUGAACUACGUGGUCGGCGUGACGUCAUUUGGCAUCGGCUGCGGCUUGCCAGAUCUACCAGGAGUUUAUACUAGGGUUGCCAGCUUUCUUGAUUGGAUUGAGGAAAUAGUGUGGCCUAAUGGAAAAUAGAUUUGGUCUGAAGCAGUAGUUAUUAACAAUUAAUAACUUAAUAUUGUAAGUUCUAAGAGAGUAACAAUAAAUAAAACCCUUCAUGACAUA